AUGGUUACGAUUACGGGUGUUGAUACGAGGGAUGUGCGGUUCCCUACUUCCCUCGACAAGACUGGUUCCGAUGCGAUGAAUGCGGCGGGGGAUUACUCGUCUGCAUACUGCAUUCUACAUACCGACUCUGAGUUCAAGGGACAUGGAAUGACCUUCACAAUUGGCCGUGGCAACGAAAUCGUCUGCACCGCCAUUGCACACCUUGCAGAUCGUAUCAAGGGUCGCACGCUGGAAUCGUUGGUCGAGAACUGGGGCAAGACAUGGCGCCAUCUCGUCAACGACUCGCAACUGCGCUGGAUUGGACCUGAAAAGGGCGUCAUCCACCUUGCCCUCGGUGCCGUCGUCAACGCCAUUUGGGAUCUGUGGGCCAAAACACUGGGAAAGCCAGUGUGGAGGAUCGUGGCCGACAUGACACCACAGCAGAUUGUCGACUUGAUCGACUUCCGCUACAUCACAGAUGCGCUUACGCCAGAAGAGGCGUUGGAGAUUUUGACAAAGAGUGAGCAGGGAAAGAAGGAACGUCUACAGGAAGCUCUAAGCUCGCAGGCUGUGCCCGCAUACACCACGUCAGCCGGCUGGCUUGGAUAUGGAGAAGACAAGAUGCGUGGUCUGCUCAAGGAGACGCUGGCCAAGGGAUACAGGCACUUCAAGCUCAAGGUUGGCAGCGACGUUGCUCAAGACAAGCAGAGACUAAGCGUCGCGAGAGAAAUCAUUGGAUUUGACAAGGGCAACGUGCUCAUGGUAGAUGCCAACCAAGUCUGGAGUGUCCCCGAGGCUAUCGAAUACAUGAAGCAGCUACAGGAAUUCAAGCCCUGGUUCAUCGAGGAGCCUACCUCACCCGAUGACGUCCUCGGCCACAAAGCCAUCCGCGAAGCCCUAAAACCCUACGGCAUCGGCGUCGCCACGGGCGAAAUGUGCCAAAACCGCGUCAUGUUCAAGCAAUUCCUAGCCUCGGGCGCAAUCGACAUCUGCCAAAUCGAUGCCUGCCGACUCGGCGGCGUCAACGAAGUCAUCGCCGUCCUCCUCAUGGCUGCCAAAUUCGACAUUCCCAUUGUGCCCCACUCGGGCGGCGUCGGACUCCCAGAGUACACCCAGCAUCUAUCGACGAUUGACUAUGUGGUGGUCAGCGGCAAGAAGAGUGUGCUCGAGUAUGUCGAUCAUUUGCAUGAGCACUUUUUCCACCCGAGUAAGAUUGAGAAUGGGUAUUAUGUUACCCCGAUGGAUCCGGGGUAUAGUGUCGAGAUGAAGCCGGAGAGUAUGGAGAGGUUUAGUUAUCCGGGUGGAGAGGGGAGUUGGUGGAGGAGUGAGGAGGCGAGACCGAUUUUGGAGGGGGAGAAGAUUUAG